AUGUAUACGGAAAUUGUACAUAUUAUUGACUAUUACUUCAACCAACUCGUAGCAAGUGCACGGCGAAGAAGUGAAACAAAAGCGCAGAAAGUAUUGGAUGUGAAGACGAGACCGCUACGAGACGUGAUGAGCUCGUCGGCGGUCAGUUCUGCUGAUUCGGGCAUCGAUGAUUUCCCCUUCAUCGACUAUGGGGAUGAUUCCACCCCAAUUAUAACGGCGAGACCAUUUGAAAGUUAUGGACCGAGAAAAAAGCCUUGGGGUGAGCAAGUUGGCUUUUGA